AUGGAGAAGCCUUGGGUUCAAGACUCUUGUAGUGGUUAUCGCCUUGACCAAGCCAAACUUGAGCAAUACCUCAAGCAGAAAUUUGGGAAUUACAAAUUCUUCGUCGAGGUAAGGACACAUCUCAACAUUACCCGCGAAAUGCUUUCCCUUCUGUUCACCUAUCAUCAAGUAAUGCCAGGGUUUCUCGAUUUUAUACUCACAUUUGGGAAACGCCAUCAUGCUCAGACGUUCCCCUUCAGCGGGUUUCGGUAUCACAAACGCCUAAGUCAGACGGUGAAAGGAACCGAUAUUGACGUUCUGUGUCGUUCUGGCCAAGAUCUCCGCCUGUGCUACAACCUAAGAUCAGUAGAACCUUCCAAACGACAGCAAAACUGGCCAUGGUCCAUUCGCCAGAGUGCUGUUUAUCAUUUCUUUGAUACAACAACUGCUCGGGCAAAUUGGAUAGUUGUGAAAGCGGACAAGCUGAUGAAAGAACGAAUAAUUUCAGCAGCCCAGCCUUUCGGGACUUCCGGGAUAUCUUCUUUCGAUACCAACAGUCGAGCUUUUGCAGCCACCCUCGAAACCCACCUACUUUUCCUAGACUGGUCCGGCGAGAACUGGCGGUGGUACAUUGACUCCCUUGAGAAUGAAGCACAGAAAAGCACUCGAAGAACUUUGACAAUAGAAGUGGAAAAGGCGCCACCUCCGAUGUCAGCCAAUCCUAUCAGUUCUAUCUCUCGGGCUACGACAUUUGCAACUCUGUCAGAACAGCCCAGCAUAAUUGGUGGCAAAACUGACAUGGAUGAAGGCAGACCACGGACACCGCCUGGAUUACGAAGAGCCUGUACAGAUCCGUCUUCAUUUAGGAUACAGCAUCAGGGUGGUACCGAUGCUGCAUCUUAUGAUUGCCAGCCGGCCAGCCCAGCACGUAGCAACGCCGAUUUCUCCUUCAGCGACCUACAGCGGAUACACUUUCUUGAGGAAAAGGCCAACGAAACAGUCCUGGUAAUUGAGUCAAAUCUCAACGUAUUCUACGAGCUGGUACAGUUCUACCAGUCCAUUGUCGAUUCCGAAGAAUUUCCAGGAGAACUGAGGUUAUGCUGCAAGGACGAUAUGGAGCGUUUUAUAUCCAAAGCCAAAAAUAUCGAAAAUGACUUGCGCAUGCAACAAUCUAGAGCAAAGUCUUUGCUCCGCAUGCUGGCAGACAGAAAAAGUCUUUUAUAUGGCAUUAUAGAGUAUCGAAGCAUGGAGGCUAGUCGAUCACUCGCUGAGAAGACCCAGCUGUCUGCAGACAAUAUGGAGAUCAUGACGCGAGAUAUGCAUGAUAUUGCGCAAAAGACUAAGCAAGAGACGGUAUCUAUGAGAAUAAUCACAUUGGUUACGCUGUUCUAUCUCCCUGGAACGUUCAUCUCGACCAUAAUGAGUACCGACAUUGUCCGAUUUGGCUCUGAAAAUCCUGCAUCGCCUAAGAAAAAGGUAUCCGUAGAAGCGAUCAAGUUGUAUAUGGCCGUUACUUUACCACUGAUGGUCAUGACGUUUGGCGCAUGGUAUGGCGUAUAUUUGUGGGUCAAUAAAAGAGAAAAGCGUCACAACAAAGACCUGGAGAAGGGAUUUGGUUGCUUUCCGGAGAAUUGGGAACCAGCGCACAUCUCCAAUCCCGUUGCUGCAAAAAGAUUCUUUCACGGUAUGCUGCGAUGCAAGAGUCCGCGCAAACAAUUCUGA